GGCUCUGGGCUUCCCGUUCCCCCGCUGCCGUGUUUUGGCGGCGCUCUCUUUGGUCUCCGCCCCACUUCGCGUUCGUUCACCUGUGCCCCAAACACCUGUACCUAGCUUGGUCGGAACACAAGCAGAGGAAAGAUUAGAGAAUGGGCACUGUCCAACACAAGGAGGCGGCGCAGCCUGUCAGGAAGGACAUUGUUUUCUCCAGAAACGCUCCUUGAGAGGAACUUGAGGGCCCUUCACAGCGUCCUCAACAGGCCUUAACAGGAAGGCCAGAAGAAGCAAGCCUUUUCUCAUGCAGACCAGUGAUAGGGGUUCAGCUAAGCAAGUAUAUAAUUUCCAUGUGGAAUUAAUGUGGUCCAGGUUUGGAGCCUUUUGAGCAUUUGAUUUAUGUUGGCCAUCAUUAGAACACUUGAGACAGGACUCUUCGUAUGAGUAAUGAUGCGGGUGUGCUGGUUGGUGAGGCAGGACAACCGGCACCAGCGAAUCAAACUUCCACAUUUGGAAGCUGUCGUGGUUGGGCGUGGCCCUGAGACCAAGAUCACUGACAAGAAAUGUUCUCGACAGCAAGUACAGUUGAAAGCAGAGUGUAACAAAGGAUAUGUCAAGGUAAAGCAGGUAGGGGUCAAUCCCACCAGCAUUGACUCAGUCAUAAUUGGGAAGGAGCAAGAGGUGACGCUGCAGCCUGGCCAGGUCCUCCACCUGGUGAAUGAACUUUAUCCAUAUAUUAUAGAGUUUGAGGAAGAGACAAAGAACCCUGGCCUGGAAACACACAGGAAGAGAAAGAGGUCAGGCAACAGUGAUUCUAUAGAAAGGGAUGCUGCCCAGGAAGCUGAGCCCAGUACAGGACUAGAACCUGGGAGCAACCCUAGCCAGUGCUCUGUGCCCCCAAAGAAGGAGAAAGAUGCAUCCACCAAAAAGGAAUCAUUGGGCCACUGGAGUCAAGGCUUGAAGAUUUCAAUGGAGGACCCCAAAAUGCAGGUUUACAAAGAUGAGCAGGUGGUGGUGAUUAAGGAUAAAUACCCCAAGGCUCGUCACCACUGGCUGGUCUUACCAUGGGCCUCCAUUUCCAGUCUGAAGGCUGUGACCAGAGAACACCUCGAGCUCCUCAGACACAUGCACGCUGUGGGGGAAAAGGUGAUUGCAGACUUUGCUGGGUCCAGCAAACUCCGCUUCCGAUUGGGCUACCACGCCAUUCCCAGCAUGAGCCACGUACACCUUCAUGUGAUCAGCCAGGAUUUUGAUUCUCCUUGCCUUAAAAACAAAAAACACUGGAAUUCUUUCAAUACUGAAUACUUCCUCGAAUCACAAGCUGUGAUUGAGACAGUACAAGAGGCUGGCAGAGUGACUGUCCGAGAUGGGAUGUCUGAGCUUUUGAAGCUGCCCCUCCGUUGUCACGAGUGCCAGCAGCUGCUGCCUUCCAUUCCUCAGCUGAAAGAGCAUCUCAGGAAGCACUGGCCAAAAUGAUUCUGUGGAGCCUGAACUUCUGCAGCAGGUGUGGCUGAUUGUUUAGAGCAAAUUCCUGGCACCUGUUCUGGAUUGCGUGUGAACUUUUACUUCUUGAAUUAAAACAUGCAAUUUUUUUUUUCUU